AUGUUUGUUAUAAUACUGUUGCUAUUGUACCACGCCAAUACUUCUCAGCAGCAGCAGCAAAAUAACACAAAGCCACCAGAUCUGCACGUUGUUCCAUUACGCGAUAAUGGGAGCUAUAAAACUGACCGGCUUCUGAACUGGCUAUUGUUGGGUUGCGAGGACUUGAACUGUCGCCGAGAUUUUCGCACAGACCCGUACGAGUAUGAAGGAUUCGAUGGGUGGUACAACAAUUUCGGACGACCAGAUCUUGGAGCGGUUGACACAACACUGUUGAGGAGAAGCAAAGCAGCUUACAGAGACGGAGUGUAUCAACCAUCAGGAUACAACAGACCCAACCCAUUGGAAUUAAGCGAAAACUUGUUAAAUGGAACUGUAGCGACGCAAUCAACAACUGGAAGAAACGCAUUUCUCGUUUUUUUUGGUCAGCAAGUGGUGGAGGAAAUUUUAGAUGCCCAAAGGGCGGCUUGUCCACCAGAAUAUUUCAACAUUAAAAUACCGAAAAACCACAGAUAUCUGAAAUUAAACGAAGAGAUGCCGGUAUUGCGAACACGAUACGAUGCGCGAACAGGAUAUUCACCGAACAAUCCUCGACAGCAGUUGAAUGAAAUCACUCCGUACCUCGACGGAGGGCUUAUCUACGGUACUACGAAAGCGUGGUCUGACGUUUUGCGUACAAAUAAGGAUGGCAAAAUUGAUCCAAAAGGGUUACUCGCAACAUCGAACGACGAAUUGUUCCCAAUAAUAAACAAUGUUAGAUUGCCGAUGGCUAAUCCGCCUCCUCCAGCGAAUCACCAUCGAUACAUUACCCAGCAUUCCACCGAGCCUGUGAAUAGAUUUUACAGACUAGGAAAUCCACGGGGUAAUGAAAACCCUUAUCUCUUUACUUUCGGAGUGCUGUGGUUCAGGUGGCACAAUUAUAUCGCGAAGUACAUAAGCAAAUUCAACCCGGACUGGUCAAGUGACAAAAUAUUCAACGAAGCUAGGAAAUGGGUUAUCGCUUCCCAACAGCACAUUGUUGUAGAGGAAUGGCUGCCGCAAUGGCUUGAUAGCAAAUUAGAACCAUAUAAAGGCUAUGACCCCAGUGUGGAUCCACAGAUAGAUCAGUUCUUUCAAGCAGCUGCGUUUCGCUUCGGACACACUUUGGUACCAGCAGGUGUUCAAACGAGGGACUUUGCAAGGAAUAAGUGUCAAGAAGGAAAAAUAAUUCGAACGUGUAACAGUUUCUGGCGACCAAUGGACGCUAUUUUAGAUGCAGUGGAUAACAAUGCGUCGCUAAGCGUUGGCAUGGAGAGACUAAUAAUGGGCAUGGCUGGACAGUUGUGCGAGAAGGAAGAUCAUCAGAUUGUCGAGGAUUUAAGGGGCAAUGUGUUUGGACCACUGGAAUUUUCCAGGCGUGAUUUAAUGGCUAUUAAUAUCCAGCGAGCCCGUGAUCAUGGACUUCCGGAUUACAAUACGGUUCGAGAGAUAUUCGGCUUGCCACGGAUCACUAAGGAAUCUGAAUUUGAACACGUCGCCGCCCCGGCACGAAAAGCGCUCCUACGUCUCUACAAAGGAAAAUUCGAUGACAUCGAUCUUUGGGUAGGUGGAAUAAUGGAGACUCAUAACGGACCUGGCGAGUUAUUUCAAAGAAUAAUAAAAGACCAGUUUCGACGCAUCCGAGAUGGUGAUAGAUUUUGGUACAAUAAUAAAAAAAAUGGAUUAUUCACUGCAGCUGAAAUAGAACGUAUAAAAAAAUUAUCUUUCUAUCAUAUACUGUUAGCCGUGACAGAUAUAAAGGAAAACGACAUUCAAGCAAAUCUGUUCAAAAUUCCAACUAAAGAUGACAUGGUGAGCCAAUAUUGCAACUUUGACAAAAUAGAGGGCUGCGAUGAUUCAGGUUUUUGUUUCCAUAUGACACCAAAACGUGCGGACGUAGUCAAGAUACCGUGUUCUGCCCCGGGAACAUAUGAUUAUUUUUCGACCAGCGACAUAUCCUUCAUACUGACUUUUCUUGGCUUAUCAGCAUUCAUAGUUGGACUUAUCCUGUCCCUGGGAGUCAUGCUGGCAUUAAGACGCAAGAAAUUGAGAAAAGUGAUGCCAACAAACUUGAAGAGUUUGAACGAAGAUAUCGACCAUGUUCAUUCCGCACAGGAAUGGAUCAAUCACAGGAAACCACUACGACCUAUACUCAUAACGUUGAAUGUUGCGAGAAAAAAAAUCGAAGUGGCAAAUCAACACGGUUCUCCACUGCGAGCUCUGGACUUGAAUCACAACUUGGAACAAAAGAUUUACAUACCGACUGAUGAGGCUUACGUCAUGAUUAGAGUGGAACACAAUUACGAUCUUGUAAUCAAAUUUGCAAAUGAUCACUUGCGACACGUAUUCCUGAAGCACUUUGAUAGAUUUGCUACCAACAUCAACAUGAAUUGCCACAAAGAGCGUAAUUUAACAAAGGUGUCAAUGCUGAACCAGGCUAUAACACAGAAGGAUAGACAAAAACAAUUGGAAAGAUUCUUUCGAGGCAUAUUUGCACAGCUUUGGAGCUUCACGAGUAUAUCGCGGGCGGAGCUUUUUCAAAUAGAUCACAAGCUCGCCAAGGAUGUGAUGUAUACUGAGCUAACGCUAUACGAAUUUGCCGAAGCUUUAAGUAUGCCACCCGAAUCAAAUUUCGUUAAAAAGAUGUUUGAGCUGAUCGACAAGGACGAUAAUGAAUUCAUAUCGUUUCGAGAAUUUCUAGACUUGAUGGUGGUAUUUUACAAAGGCUCUGCAGAAGAAAAAAUGGAAUUGAUGUUCAAAAUGUACGACAUAAAUGCUACGGGUUCAUUGAGCAGAGACGAUUUUGCAAACUUGUUAAGAUCUUUAGUGGAAACAUAUAAAGUAGAUUUGAAGAAAGAGGACUUGGAUCUGGCUAUAAAAACAACAAUGAGAGCAGCUGGGCUCGCAGACAAACAAGAAAUUGAUUUUAUAGAUUUUCAAGGCUUGCUAAAAGACUACAAGCAGCAGCUAAGCCUAGAAUUCAACAUUCCUGCAUCACAAGCUAAAGCGCAAAAACUUGAAAACAGAGCUCAAAGAGCAAGAGAAAGUUUCUACGGUGAUCCCAAAGAAUUACGUGCAAGAGUUGAAGGUAAACUAGAAAAAGAGGUGGAAGAACCCAUCGACAAAAAUAUUGAAGUAAUAAAAACUUCAGUGUCUAUGCGAGCAUACUGGUACCCAAUUACAAAGUACAUUGCUGAUAAGCAGCUGCAGAUUUUCUGGCUUUUCUUAUACACGACAGUUCUAAUAGCGAUAUUUGCUGAACGUGCUUACUAUUAUCAGGUUGAGCGAGAGCACACUGGAUUACGGCGCAUAUCAGGACCUGGAGUGACCCUAACGAGAGGUGCUGCAUCAGCAAUGAUGUUCACUUAUGCAACUUUACUCGUAACGAUGUCUCAGAACACCAUAACUGUGCUCAGAGAAACUUUUCUACAUCAAUACAUACCGUUCGAUUCGAGUUUAGAUAUGCACAAGUACGUUGCCAGCUGGGCCCUAGUCUUCACCAUUUUGCACGUCAUGGGUCAUGCCGUUAACUUCUACCAUAUAUCAACGCAAACUGCUGAUGACUUGACCUGCUUAUUCCCAAACUUCUUUCACUCGACACACGAGAUACCAAAGUUCCACUACUGGUGCUGGCAAACCAUUACAGGAGUAACAGGUGUUGCGCUAACUAUUUUGACGGCAGUAAUGUUCUUAUUUUCUAUGCCCUUAAUAAGAAGAAGGCUGUACAACUGUUUUCGCUACACACAUUCCAUGUACCCAAUAUUCUUCAUCCUCAUGAUUCUCCAUGGCACUGGACGACUAGUUCAGGAACCAUUCUCCCAUUACUACCUUCUCGGACCAGUAAUUCUCUUCACAAUAGAUAAAAUAGUAACGGUAACAAGAAAAACUUCGGAAUUGCAUAUCAUACAAGCAGACUGUCUGCCCUCAGGAGUAACUUGCCUCAAGUUCGAAAAGCCACCAGAUUUCCAAUACAAAUCUGGACAAUGGAUCAGAAUAGCUUGCAUGGACUUGAACCCAAACGAGUACCAUCCGUUUACACUAUCGUCUUCACCUAACGAGCCCAAACUUUCAGUUCACAUCAGAGCAGUAGGCCCUUGGACUCAUGAUAUUCGAUACAGGGUGGACCCAACUCUGAGGGAAGCCUCACAAAUGAAUCUUCCGAAGAUUCGAAUCGAUGGUCCGUACGGGGAAGGCGCACAGGACUGGUACAAAUACAAAACAGCCAUAAUGAUAGGUGGUGGAAUUGGAGUGACACCGUUCUCUUCGAUACUAAAAGAUAUAGUAUACAAAUCGAAUAUUCACCAAAGUUUGGGAUGUCAAAAGGUAUACUUUUUAUGGAUAACAAGGACUCAACGACAGUUUGAGUGGAUGGUCGACAUAUUAAGAGAGCUGGAAGUGGCGGAUAAGAACAAAGUUGUAACAGCUCAUAUAUUCAUAACGCAGUUUUAUCAUAAAUUUGAUCUCCGCACAGUACUACUGUACAUAUGCGAGCGUUAUUUUCAAGGAGAAUCGAGCAGGUCAUUGUUCACCGGACUUACAGCAGUUACGCAUUUCGGACGGCCUAAUUUCCUAAAAUUUUUCCGGGCGAUCCGCCAAUUAAAUUCUAAAAAUCAUACCGUCGGAGUAUUCAGCUGUGGAGCCCGAUCGAUGGUACAAUCUGUUGGCCAGGCGUGCACUACGCUUAACAAAGAGACAAACGACGAUAGCAUAUUCAAACAUCACUACCAGUCAUUUUAGUAGAAACAUAAUAAU